AACAUAACUGAUGGGAAUUUAGCAACAGUAAGGCAGUAACAGUUUUGACUUUACGACGCGUCCUGUUCAAGAGAACGUUUUACACGAGUUGCUCUCUGAAAGGGCAAUGAUAUCAUGAAUACUAUAAGGUGUUUUGUGCUCGUGUUCGCUUUUGCAAGUAAUUCAUUCACAUCUGCGUACGAUGAAUGCAAUGAACCACUUUUGGAUAAAGCUCAUUUGAGAGCUACGUCGGAGUUACCUGGAAGAGGUCCAUAUAACGCAAGGCUAAAUGGAGGUUCUACGUGGUCACCAGAGCUUAGCAGUUAUGAUCAACAUCUUACUGUGGAACUGGGGGACAGAUAUGAGAUACGCAGCAUUGCCACACGAGGUCGUGCUCAUACUAACGAGUAUGUGACAGAGUACAUUGUUCAAUACUCUGACGAUGGGCAAGCCUGGGCCAGUUAUGAGAGCCAAGACGGUGUAGAUGAGAUGUUCAAGGGAAAUGUGGACGGGGACACCAUAAAACUUAAUAAAUUUGAGGUACCGAUUAUAGCGCAAUGGAUUCGAAUAAAUCCAACUCGAUGGCGGGACAGAAUAUCAUUGAGACUAGAAUUGUACGGUUGCAAUUAUGUGUCUGACGUUCUUUCCUUCAAUGGUUCAUCCCUGCUGCGAUAUGAUUUAUUAAGAGAGCCGAUAGAAACUGAUAGACACUUUAUACGUUUUCGAUUCAAAACGAAUAAUGCUGAUGGAGUGUUAAUGUAUUCCCGUGGCACACAAGGAGAUUAUAUAGCGCUGCAACUAAAAGACAAUAGAAUGAUAUUAAAUAUUGAUCUUGGAUCUGGCGUUAUGACGAGCUUAUCUGUUGGGAGUCUUUUGGACGACAAUAUGUGGCAUGAUGUUUUGAUAUCGCGUAAUAGAAAGAAUAUAUCGUUUUCUGUAGAUAGAGUGUUAAUUAAAGGAAGAGUCAAAGGAGAAUUUCACAGACUGGACCUAAAUAGGGCACUUUACAUUGGCGGCGUUCCUAACAAACAAGACGGACUAGUGGUUAAUCAGAAUUUCACAGGGUGUAUAGAAAAUUUUUACUUAAAUGCUACUAGUAUUAUACAUGACUUAAGGGAGACUGAAAUCACUGGAGAAAACUUGAGAUACUAUAGAGUUAAUACAAUCUACAGCUGCCCAGAACCACCUAUAAUUCCCGUGACAUUUUUAACUCAGGGAUCAUACGCAAGACUCAAAGGAUACGAGGGAAUAUCUUCCAUGAAUGUUUCCCUCACGUUUCGGACAUACGAAGAUAAAGGAAUCAUUUUAUAUCAUCAGUUUACAUCUCCAGGUUUUGUGAAGUUGUAUUUAGAAGACGGAAAAUUGAAGGUCGACAUACAAACAAAAGAAAAUCCCCAAGUAGUUUUAGAUAACUUCAAUGAGAAGUUCAACGAUGGCAAAUGGCACCAGGUCAUUCUGACAAUAUCCAAAAAUAGUUUGAUUUUAAAUGUCGAUGGAACACCGAUGAGAACUAAACGUAUAUUGGAGAUGAUAACGGGACCGGUGUAUCUAAUAGGCGGCGUGACUGGUAUAGAAAGCAACCGUGGAUUUGUCGGUUGUAUGCGAAUGAUAAGCAUCGAUGGCAAUUACAAGCUGCCAACCGAUUGGAAGGAGGAAGAAUAUUGUUGCAAGAACGAAGUCGUCUUCGAUGCUUGCCAGAUGAUGGACCGUUGCAAUCCAAACCCAUGCAAACAUUCUGGCGUUUGUCGUCAAAAUUCUGAUGAAUUCUUCUGUGACUGUGCCAAUACGGGUUAUACAGGGGCAGUAUGCCAUACCUCACUGAAUCCACUUUCCUGUGAAGCAUACAAAAACAUAAAUUCAGUAAAUCAGCGAGCAGAUAUUAAAAUAGAUGUGGACGGAAGCGGUCCGCUGAAACCAUUUCCUGUAGUCUGUGAAUUUUACACUGACGGGCGUGUAAGAACCAUCGUAAGGCACAACAACGAGCGCAUCACUCCUGUAGAUGGAUUCCAAGAACCAGGUAGUUUUGUGCAAGAUAUUAUCUACGACGCUGACAUGGAUCAGAUUGAAGCGCUCCUAAACAGGUCCACAAGUUGUAGACAGAGGAUCAGUUACGAAUGUGUACGUUCAAAGUUGUUCAAUUCACCAGUACCGCAAGGAAGCGAGUUUAGGCCGAACUCGUGGUGGGUCAGCAGGAAUAAUCAGAAAAUGGACUACUGGGGCGGAGCUUUGGCAGGAUCACGCAAAUGCGAGUGCGGUAUCCUCGGCAAUUGCGCAGAUCCUACGAAAUGGUGUAAUUGCGAUUCUGAUCUGGACGGUCCUCUUGAAGACAGCGGCGACAUUACCGAAAAAGAGUAUCUUCCUGUGAAACAAUUACGAUUCGGCGACACUGGUACACCGGUAGAUGAAAAGGAAGGACGUUACACUCUUGGGCCUCUUAUCUGCGAGGGAGAUGAUUUGUUCAAGAACGUAGUAACAUUCCGUGUUGUUGACGCCACUAUCAAUCUCCCAACCUUUGACAUUGGUCACAGUGGUGACAUCUUUUUUGAGUUCAAAACAACGAUUGACAAUGCAGUUAUAAUUCACAGCAAAGGGCCUACGGAUUACAUUAAAAUUUCUAUAAACAGCGGCAAUCAGAUUCAGUUCCAGUACUUGGCAGGCGGUGGUCCGCUCACUGUAAGCGUUCAGACCUCUUAUAGAUUGGCUGACAAUCGAUGGCACUCCGUGUCUGUGGAAAGAAACCGUAAAGAAGCUAGAAUAGUGGUGGACGGGGCAUUGAAAAACGAAGUGCGAGAACCUCCGGGACCGGUACGAGCGCUUCAUCUGACAUCAGAUCUUGUGGUAGGCGCCACAACAGAUUUCAGAGACGGCUAUGUAGGAUGUAUUAGAGCGCUUCUAUUAAACGGACAGCUACAGGAUCUCAGAAGCUACGCUCGACAAAGCCUGUAUGGUGUCUCCGAAGGUUGCAUGGGUAAAUGCGAAAGCAGCCCAUGUCUUAACAACGGAACAUGCCAUGAAAGAUACGACGGGUAUUCGUGCGACUGUCGCUGGACCGCGUUCAAGGGCCCCAUUUGUGCAGACGAAAUCGGUGUGAACAUGCGUCCCAGCUCGAUAAUAAAGUACGACUUCAUGGGCAGCUGGCGCUCAACGAUAUCCGAGAAGAUCAGGGUCGGUUUUACUACGACCAAUCCGAAAGGUUUCUUGCUUGGGCUAUUUUCAAACAUUUCCGGAGAGUAUAUGACAAUCAUGGUCUCGAACAGCGGACACUUGCGCGUGGUGUUCGACUUUGGCUUCGAACGGCAAGAAGUGAUAUUUCCGAACAAACACUUCGGCUUGGGGCAGUACCACGACGUCAGAGUGGGCAGGAAGAAUUCAGGCUCCACUCUUGUUCUGCAAGUCGACAAUUACGAGCCGAAGGAGUUUCAUUUUAACAUCAAAACGUCCGCGGAUGCUCAAUUUAAUAAUAUUCAGUACAUGUACAUUGGGAAGAAUGAAUCCAUAACAGAGGGAUUCGCUGGAUGUAUAUCCAGAGUCGAAUUUGAUGAUAUAUAUCCUCUGAAGUUACUUUUCCAAGAGGACGGACCGGCAAAUGUUCGCACAUUCGGCACUCCUCUCACAGAGGACUUUUGCGGUGUCGAACCGAUCACACAUCCUCCGGAUGUCGUUGAAACACGUCCACCUCCGGAGGUGGACGAGGAGAAAGUUCGAGCCGCGUACAACGAAACUGAUACAGCUAUCUUAGGUAGCGUGUUGGCUAUCAUUAUCAUAGCGUUAGUAAUAAUGGCUGUACUUAUAGGAAGAUACAUGUCGCGACAUAAAGGUGAAUAUUUGACGCAAGAGGACAAAGGUGCUGAAAUAGCAUUAGAUCCGGAUUCAGCUGUCGUCCACUCGACCACAGGCCAUCAAGUUCAAAAGAAGAAGGAAUGGUUCAUCUAAAUAUAAAGUUCUAUUGCUACUUGUAUCGAUUGUAGAAUUCAUUGAUAGGUAAAAAAUAUGCUUACAAUAAGUGCACUUUAAAGUGUCAUACGAAGGAUUUCAUAGAAUAAUACGAAACUUUAAUUUCUACUGUUUCGAUGUAAUGAUAAAUGACAUGAUAAGGACAGAAAGAGAGGAUACGCUCUGUGAAAGAAGUUUUACAAGCAGAGAAACCUAACUAAUUCGUAGAAUAUAAGAAGUUCGAGUAUCAUAAAUAAAAUUAAACCGGACUGGUACAAAACUAAUAAAAUUUUUUCCUUGAAAGAUGGAACAUUGAAUAUUUGAAAUCAUCAUUUAUAAUCAUCAUUUAAUAUACGAAUGUCAAAUAUACGAAUUGAAUCUUGUUACAUAAAAAAAAGCAACAGGUUAGUAUCACAUUUUAGAGAAGUAUUUGAUUUUUACGAUAGUGAAAACAGAAAACAAAAUUUGUAUUUCAAUGCUUAAAUCGAAGUAGUAUAUUACUUGUAAGUUACGAAACAUUUAAGGGAAAAAUUGUAAUUGCGAACCGUUGUUACUUUAGACUGUGAGGUGCAUAAGUAUUUAUUGUACUUUUGUAAUUUAGACUGAACAUCACUGCAGGAUGGCAACGUAUGCUAGAUAUUCAUGUAUUUUUCUGUAUAUCCUCAUAGGAAGGUAGCUUAGUUGUAUCUUUUGUACUUUACUGUAUCAAGUACCUUCGUUAUUAUUAGUUGCCAAAUUAUUAGUGACUAACCACCACCUGAUAACAUGUUUUCGUAAAAUUGAGGCGUUUGUGUUCUCUAUUUACCAUGUUGAAAUCUCUAACGUCUUGUUUCACCGGAGAUGCAAAUUUGUAUAGAUAAAAAUGUCAACGAAAUCAUCAAUAGCUUCUUAUUACAUGUAAAAUACUUUUAGAUUUCCUUUUGCGAAAAAUGUUCUCAGUAUUAUUUGUAAUGCUUACCGUCCAAAAUGCAUUUUAAUUAUUUUUAUUUUGUAUUUAUUUGUUUACUUUGUUUUAUUAUAUGUUACAGAUAUUUUAUUUUAAUUGACCUGUAAUGAUCUGAAAUCACUAUUGUAACUUAACUUAAUCUAAUAUGACUAAUCGUAUACUAUACGUGUAACAGUGAGAGUGUAUAUAUAUAUACAUAUAUAUAAUA